GCGACGCUGGUCACCACUGCUACCUCGACAAUCCUGUAGAGUUCAAUCAGGUGGUCGAGGCAUUUGUCAAGUAGUCCUCAUGAUACAUGGGCUGUUGUAAGUUGGGACUGUAGAUAAGGUGACUGCUCAGAUUCAGGUACGCGACUUCCCCGACUUAUCGCGACUCCAAACCGCAACCAAGGCACAACCUCGAAAGCAGUACUCUCACCUGCAUCUGCAUCCAAUGCAAGUUAUGGACUUCUUCAGACUGGUCUAUAGCAUCCUUCAAAGCAAUCUCACAAGCUUUGAGCGGACGGAACUCUGGAUUUCCCGAACAUGCCUGACUCUAUCUAUCCUCAUCAUUGCACCCACCUUCCUCCUCAUGGUUUGCGACCUUCUUCUCUGGGUCUUUCGCGCAUCAGAAGUACAAGAAAGGACUGGCGAACUUGUGUCCAAGACGCGCGAGGGCGUCUCGACACUGGUUCGCAAAAAGAGCGGCGGUACAAAAGUCGAGCCGAAGAGCAAGAAGGAGAGACGGGAUAGUGCCUCCUCGAUGGAUUCGCUCAUGAGCAGCACUUCUUCUACCACUGGGCUGCGCGAGUUGGGCAAAUUGACGUCGAGCGUCAGUGAGUCGCAAGCACAGGCGAGGCAACGCAAAGGUGUGCCAGACAAGACGGAAGCAGCAGUGCCAACGCAAGGAUAGAGAAGGCCUGCCUCGUAAAGCAAGGCUUCUGAUUACGUCUUAUGAAAUACAC